UUUUUAUAAAGCGUCUUAAUGAUUUAAACUUCCCAGAAAGAUGUCAAAGGGGAGGAUUCAAUAUUUUGUUGUGCAAGGAAAACUAGUAAAAACUGUCUCUUGAAUGUCGUGACCUUAUUUUAAAUAUGCAUUUUUCAAUCCCAGAUACUUCAGCACUAAAGGACGAUGGUGGGACGUCCUACACGAGUUUUAAUGUACAUAUAAAUGGUGUUUUCCAUUGUUCUGUCAGAUACAGCUUACUGAAUGCCUUCAAUGAAGAGCUUAAGAAAGAAUUUGGAGCAACAGUGUUGCCACCAUUCCCACCAAAGAAACUGUUUGGGAUGACUCCAGAGAAGUUGGAAGAGAGACGACUUAUGUUGGAGAGAUAUGUUCAGAUUGUGAGCCAAGAACCAAGAAUAGCAAACUCUGAUAUAUUCAAUGGAUUUCUCCUCAAGGCACAGCAGGAAACACAAAAGGAGACGUCAGAGGCUGUAACAUUAGAUGUGUUCCUAAUGAAUGGCUACAAAAUCACUGUAAAAAUUAUGUCUACUGACCAAACAGAAGAUGUUCUGGAGACUGUAGCAUCACAACUAGAACUGCCAGAGGAAUUUACAUAUUAUUUCACAUUGUACUUGGUACGGAAGGAAGAGGAUGGGGAUAAUUCUAUUGUACGGAAGCUACAAGAAUUUGAAUCACCUUAUAUCUCAUUGAAAUAUGCAAACAAGAUUGGAUCCCAUAGAAUAGUCCUACGCAAAGGGUUUUGGGAUCUGAGCUAUGAAGAUGAUUUGUUAGAAAAUAAAGUUGCAAUGAAUCUGCUAUAUGUCCAGGCUGUAAAUGAUAUAGAAAGGUCAUGGACAUUGGGAACAAAAGAACAACUGAAACAUUUAGCAACUUUACAACAGAGAGGUUCAAAAAGGGAGUACCUUCGGUUAGUGAGAACCUUCAAGUACUACGGUUACAUACAGUUUAAGCCUUGUAUAACAGACUACCCACAGGCCGAUUCUCGGGUGUUGAUUUGUACGGGGGGAAGGGAAAUGAAUUUCAGAAUACAGAUGGCAGCAAAUUCUGUGAAAGAAGGUAGUUUUAAAAUCACAAGAAUAAAAUGUUGGAGAAUAACCAGUUCUGUGCCCAAGUUUGCGGAGAUAAAUGGUGCGAGUGUAAAACCUCCACAGAUGGAACUGGCUUUUGAAUAUUUGAUGUCAAGAGAUAGUUUACAGUGGAUUAGUAUCAAAACAGAUCAGGCAAUUUUAAUGAGCAUGUGUUUACAGUCCAUGGUCGAUGAACUUAUCUCACAGAAACAAGGCAGAAAAAUCAAACGACCACAAGAUAGAUCAAAAGGAACAGCAAAGAAAGUGCAGCUGAAAAGAGAUAAUAGUUAUGGUAUGGGUUUGGCACAGUCAGCUUUACCUAGUCCAGAGGAGGAAGCUAAAGGAAAUGGGAAGAAUGACAAGAAAGGAGUUGUGACGAACGAUGCUUUUAGUACGAUCGGUGACGAUGAUUUAUAAUCAGAUAACAGAAAUAUGCAAAUUGUGUUUUCCAGCUAGAGAUUUAACAGAAACCAAAUGUAAUGAAGGAGAAAGACAAACAUUAAGUCAUAAACUUGCCAUAGAAUCUGUUGUUAUAGCAGUCCUUCUGUUACACCCCAUAGUGACGCAGUAAAACAUUUUUAUAGUGUUUUUUCUUAGGUGCAUUGUCUUCUUUUAUCUAUGAGGGGGGAUAGGACCUUUAUCAGGACUCCGGGAUUGGCUGUUUUUAAGCUCUGGAUCAGAACCCUUCCAAUCCCCCCUCAUCUAUUGACCACUAUAUUAGAGGUUUUAAUGAUAUAGUAGGAAAAUAAUUAUUUACUAUUUUCUAGAAAUUUUGUUUGAUACAUUCUGCAGUAUAUUUGUUUAGAAAUAUUUUUUCAAUGCCAAACGUUGUGAUGCUUUCAUCAAGAGUAAGUUGCCCUUUUCAUUAAAAAUGAGACGAAAAAGAAAAAAAUGAUAUGAAAUAAAUUUAUUUUCUUUUGAACAAAUGUUAUGUGGGUUCCAAAAUUCAGCAUUAAUACCGUUAUUAAAAGGUCUUUCGAGAGUAUCAACAUCUUUAAAUACAGAUUGUAUACGUUAGCAGGCGUCUUUGUACUGUAUAUAAUCAAUGUGGAAAAUUGACACUUUUUAGUGUGUUCCAUUAAAAUGUUAUUUUUUUUAUCCUUUAUAUUAUUAUACUACAUACGUUUGUGAAAAUUAUGUCACCUAUGUAACUUAAGUGCCAGUCUUUAUAAGAAUCAGGCAAUUUAGGUAAAAAUCAAAACAUGAUCAGAAAAAAACCACUGAGUUAAUCAUGCUAUUUAAUACUAACCAUCAUCCUGAGUUAAAAAUUAUUAGUCUUUCGUUUGUGUGUGUCUGGUAAUAUCAAAUAACUCGACUAGAAAAUUGGUUAGAAUGGUAGCAAAUUACAGAGUUAUCUCCCCUUAUUUGUUAAUUUCUGGUGCAUUUCAACCAAAUUGUAUCUUCUAUUACCAGAACAGAAAAUGGAAAUGAAUGUUAUUUUUGUGCAUAACUACAUAUUAUGAACUGAAAUCAAUGUCAAAUUGGGUGAGGUUUUUUUGUCAUGUUUUCACCACUGCCUGAUUCUUAGACAGACUGGCACUUAACAGGCAUUUUGUAUUCACAACUCCUGUUAAAUUGGGACUCCCUUUAAUCAAAUUUUCAAAAAAUUUUAUAGUACUUAAUGGUGUUGACCCCGCCUAUUUUAUUUUGGAUUCCAAUGGUUUUUGAGGUUUCCUCAAUUUAUGUAAAUUUCUUCUACUGCAAAUAAAAUCUAUUUUUUAUCUUUAAUUCAUUUGUCUGAUGGAAGAAAUAUUCUGUUACAGCUGAUUUCAUUAAGUGUGUAGCUAAAGAUAAUAUCUUUGGUUAGCUUGCUUGCUAGCU